GCCCCCACCCUCCCCGGGGACCCCGCAACCCCUCGGCGGUGGGGUAUGGCCACCUCCGUGAGGCCCUGAGAUUCAGACGGGGGCCCGAGGGGCGGGGCGCCCGCUUUAGGGACAUUUCAGUGGGAAGGGGCUGCUCUCAAAGUGGAUAAUUACAACUCCCUCGGGGGCGGGAAGCGGGGAUCCUCCCCCAGCCGCAAGUUCACGAAGAAAGCAACCAAUGAAAAUUAUGAAGACGACGAGAAGUCAGACUCCUCCGGGUCGCCCUCCAACUGUUUCGGCUUCGUCGCCUACUCCGUGAACUCCGGGGAGAAAUCUCGAGUCAAGAUUAAGACCUUAACCCACCAACCGGCCUGUUUCGACACCCCCCGGGCCGACCGCCGUCUGUCCCCUUCUCCAUCGCCCUCGCCCAGAAAGCUCCGGUGCUUGGACCAGCUUGAGUCUGAGAAAGAGGAGAGGCGCGAACGCCACUCCAAAAAGAGAAGGGCUAAGGAGGGCAACCCUAACAAUACGCUUGACUUUCUGUGGCUGGGGUGAGUGAGGGGGCAGGGAGGACGACCCCGGAGUUGGUGAGAGCUGCAGAAACGGCUAAAAGCUUCAGAAUCCGUUGCCCCCCACAUAAACUUGGCGCCACGGCAGCAGCAGUUGAUAGAGUGCUGGCAUCCAACUGGCUCACGGAAAAGAGCAGGAGAUCCGAAACAGGCUUAGGACAAAGUGUGCAUGAUAUUGGUGGUGUAACAGGUUGGAGAGGACAGCUGAGAAAUUGGGUUGUAGCUUUUUUUUUUUUCCCCCCCCACCGACAGAGUCUCGAUCUGUCGCCCAGGCUGGAGUGCAGUGGUGCAAGCUCCCGGCUUACUGCAACCUCUAGCUCUAGGGUUCAGGCGAUUCUCCUGUGUCAGCUUCCCGAGUAGCUGGGAUUACAGGCGGGCACCACCAGGCCCGGCUAAUUUUUGUAUUUUUAGGAGAGACUGGGUUUCACCAUGUUGGCCAGACUGGUCUCGAACUCCGUACCUCAGGUGAUCCGCCCGCCUAGGUGGGUUGUAGCUUUUAGCGGGAGCUGAAGGGUUCUGGGACGGAGGUGGGAAGUAGGAUUUGGCCGACUGAAUCUUCUAGAGGCAAUAUUGGGGUGUUGGUCUUCCCCAAGGGGAAGGGUGGUGAGGCUGUCAGAGGGAGAAGCAGUUAUGUUUUCAGCUGGGCAAACAUGGACGGUUGCCCGUAGAAACUUUGCCACUGUACUUCAGAACGUUGCCCUAGUCGUUGGAGGAGAACAAUGUGUUCCCUUUCUAGCCAUCCUGGGCCACGGAGGGAGGAACGUUUCCUCUUCGGCUGUUGUGGCUUCAGAGUUUCUGUUCUUUCAGAGAACACCUUCCACCAUGACCACCUCAGCAAGUUCCCACUUAAAUAAAGGCAUCAAGCAGGUGUACAUGUCCCUGCCUCAGGGUGAGAAAGUCCAGGCCAUGUAUAUCUGGAUCGAUGGUACUGGAGAAGGACUGCGCUGCAAGACCCGGACCCUGGACAGUGAGCCCAAGUGUGUGGAAGAGUUGCCUGAGUGGAAUUUCGAUGGCUCUAGUACUUUACAGUCUGAAGGUUCCAACAGUGACAUGUAUCUCGUGCCUGCUGCCAUGUUUCGGGACCCCUUCCGUAAGGACCCGAACAAGCUGGUGUUGUGUGAAGUUUUCAAGUACAAUCGAAGGCCUGCAGAGACCAAUUUGAGGCACACCUGUAAACGGAUAAUGGACAUGGUGAGCAACCAGCACCCCUGGUUUGGCAUGGAGCAGGAAUAUACCCUCAUGGGGACAGAUGGGCACCCCUUUGGUUGGCCUUCCAACGGCUUCCCGGGGCCCCAGGGUCCAUAUUACUGUGGUGUGGGAGCAGACAGAGCCUAUGGCAGGGACAUCGUGGAGGCCCAUUACCGGGCCUGCUUGUAUGCUGGAGUCAAGAUUGCGGGGACUAAUGCCGAGGUCAUGCCUGCCCAGUGGGAAUUUCAAAUUGGACCUUGUGAAGGAAUCAGCAUGGGAGAUCAUCUCUGGGUGGCCCGUUUCAUCUUGCAUCGUGUGUGUGAAGACUUUGGAGUGAUAGCAACCUUUGAUCCUAAGCCCAUUCCUGGGAACUGGAAUGGUGCAGGCUGCCAUACCAACUUCAGCACCAAGGCCAUGCGGGAGGAGAAUGGUCUGAAGUACAUCGAGGAGGCCAUUGAGAAACUAAGCAAGCGGCACCAGUACCACAUCCGCGCCUAUGAUCCCAAGGGAGGCCUGGACAAUGCCCGACGCCUAACUGGAUUCCAUGAAACCUCCAACAUCAACGACUUUUCUGCUGGUGUAGCCAAUCGUAGCGCCAGCAUACGCAUUCCCCGGACUGUUGGCCAGGAGAAGAAGGGUUACUUUGAAGACCGUCGCCCCUCUGCCAACUGUGACCCCUUUUCGGUGACAGAAGCCCUCAUCCGCACGUGUCUUCUCAAUGAAACCGGCGAUGAGCCCUUCCAGUACAAAAACUAAGUGGACUAGACCUCUAGCUGUCAAGCCCCUCCUAGUUCUUCAUCCCACUCCAACUCUUCCCCCUCUCCCAGUUGUCCCAAUUGUAACUCAAAGGGUGGAAUAUUAAGGUCGUUUUUUUCAUUCCUUGUGCCCAGUUAAUCUUGCUUUCUUUGUUUGGCUGGGAUAGAGAUGGGUCAAGUUAUUAAUUUCUUCACACCUACCCUCCUUUUUUUCCCUAUCACUGAAGCUUUUUAGUGCAUUAGUGGGGAAGAGGGUGGGGAAACAUAACCACUGCUUCCAUUUAAUGGGGUGCACCUGUCCAAUAGGCAUAGCUAUCCGGACAGAACACGUUUGCAGGAGGGGGACUUUUCUUCGAGGUAGCUGAAAGGGGAAGACCUGACUUCCUCUGGUUAGGUUAGGACUUGCCCUUGUGGUGGAAACUUUUCUUAAGAAGUUAUAACCAACUUUUCUAUUAAAAGUGGGAAUUAGGAGAGAAGGUAGGGGUUGGGAAUCAGAGAGAAUGGCUUUGGUCUCUUGCUUGUGGGACUAGCCUGGCUUGGGACUAAAUGCCCUGCUCUGAACACGAAGCUCAGUAUAAACUGAUGGAUAUCCCUACCUUGAAAGAAGAAAAGGUUCAUGUUGCUUGGUCCUUGAUUUAUCACACAAAGCAGAAUAGUAUUUUUAUAUUUAAAUGUAAAGACAAAAAAUUAUAUGUAUGGUUUUGUGGAUUAUGUGUGUUUUGCUAAAGGAAAAAACCAUCCAGGUCACGGGGCACCAGAUUUGAGACGAAUAGUCCGGAUUAGAAACCAAGCAUCUCCUUUUGAGUAGGGAGUGAGGGAGGUGGUGCUUAGAAAGAUGGUGCUCUGGGGUUAGGUCCUCAUGACCACUUCUGGGUUUCUGCCCUGCCCACCCUCUGGAGAAGGUGGGCACUGGAUUAGUUAACACGUUUCUAGCAGUCACUUGAUCUCUGUGGCUUUGGUUUAAAAGACAGACACUUGUCCACAUGGGUUUAGAGAUAAGAGUUGGCUGGUCAACUUGAGCAUGUUACUGACAGAGGGGGUAUUGGGGUUAUUUUCUGGUAGCAACAGCAUGUCACUAAAGCAGGCCUUUUGAUAUUAAAUUUUUUAAAAAGCAAAAUUAUAGAAGUUUAGAUUUUAAUCAAAUUUAUAGGGUUUCUAGGUAAUUUUUACAGAAUUGCUUGUUUGCUUCAGCUGUCUCCUACCUCUGCUCUUGGAGGAGAUGGGGACAGGGCUGGAGUCAAAACACUUGUAAUUUUGUAUCCUGAUGUCUUUGUUAAGACUGCUGAGGAAUUAUUUUUUUUCUUUUAUAAUAAGAAAUAAACCCCACCUUUAUUCCUUCAUUUCAUCUACCGUUUUCUGGUUCUUAUGUUGGCUGUGGCAGGCCAGCUAUGGUUUUCUCUUGUCAUGACAACUUCUAAUUGCCAUGUACAGUAUGUUCAAAGUCAAAUAACUCCUCAUUGUAAACAAACUGUGUAACUGCCCAAAGCAGCACUUAUAAAUCAACCUAACAGAAGA